AUGCAGAAUGGGAAAGUAAUUGCACAUGCUUCACGACAACUCCACCCUUAUGAAAAGAAUUAUCCAACCCAUGACCUUGAGCUCACAGUUGUGAAAGAGUUGUUAUGUGACUUAGAAAGAAGUGAAAUUGCAAUUAUGUUGCGUGAACAAGGUGGAGUCCUAGCUACCAUUUCUGCACAACUAGCUAUCAUUGAGGAAGUUAAAGAAAAGCAAUUAGAAGAUGAAUUUCUGAAGAAGAUUGUUGAAGAAAUUGACUCUAAACCAAGGCCGGGAUUUGUGUAUGAGAAUAAUGUGUUGACAUUUCAGGAUAGGCUUUGUGUACCAGAUUGUUCAGAAUUGAGAAAGUGCAUUAUGACUGAAGCUCAAAAUUCUAAAUUUGCUAUGCAUCUGGGAAAUACAAAAAUGUACAAAGAUUUGAAACAUAAUUUUUGGUGGCCUAGAAUGAAAAAUUGUAUUGCAGAUUUUGUAGCUAGAUAUUUGUAUUACCAACAAGUGAAAGCCGAACAUCAAUGA